ACCAGAGCGGUAGGCAAAGCUGCGAGCGAGUUGUCACCAAAACUUUGACCCGGGCAGAAACCAGGAAAAAUGGCCGAGUUAGCUCCAUUUCGCACUCACUCCAUUUCCUCCCACCUCCUUCCCACCCACUCUUCCAAGCUCCGCUUCCGAGCUCCGGCCGCCGGCCCCUCUAUCUCUCUGGGGUCUCGCUGCCAGCUGCUGAGUUUUCCGAAAAGCCUGCAUUUCAAGCGUCCGAUCUUCGUCUCUAGGGUUAUCGUCUCUUCGGACAGCAAGACUUCGACGAUCAUCACCGACAACGUUGACCUGUCCACCCAAGGGAUUGAGAUUGAGCCCGAUAACGGAGACGGAGGGGACAAUCACGGUGAUAUAGGAGAUAACGGCAGAAGAGGAGGAGGAGGCGGCGGUGGAGGAGGAGGCGGCGGCGAUAGUCGUAACGAAGGCGAGGGAGGAUCUUCGGAGGAUAGUAGUAAGAAGAAGAUGGCUUUGUCCAUGUCUCAGAAGCUCACUCUUGGUUAUGCUGCUCUUGUUGGAGUGGGAGGUCUGAUGGGGUAUAUGAAAAGUGGUAGUCAGAAAUCACUCCUGGCAGGCGGCCUAUCUGCGGCAGUGCUGUAUUAUGUGUAUACUCAGCUUCCAGCAAACCCUGUUUAUGCAUCAUCCAUAGGGCUUGGUGUGGCUUCUGUGCUUACCGGGGUGAUGGCUUCGCGGUUCAUGAAGUCGAAGAAGGUCUUCCCUGCAGGUGUUGUAUCCCUCGUGUCGGUAGUGAUGACUGGUGGGUACAUCCAUGGAAUCCUACGCAGCAUGCAUUGAUUCGUCGAGACACUCUAUUUCCGGAUGAUGCUGCAGAACGGGAGACAGAUGUUUUGCACGACUCCUUUUUUUUGUUCCUUCUUUGGGCUGCAUCCGUUUUUAUGUUUUUUAGCAUAGUAUGGGUCUGGACUCUGGAGUUUGGACUUUGGCAAUGUAGAUGAGGACUGCGCACUCGCUAGUUCUUCAUAGUUUGUAUGUUGACAAUUUCAGUGAUGGGUUGAGUUUGAGUUUGGCCUUGUUCAGACUUUGCUCGUCAAUAAAUUAGUCGAGGUUGAGUUCAGUUCGUUUACUAAAAACUUGAUUUCUAUUUGAUUCGAGUACAAUUCAAGGUUGACUUAUCAAUGAGUUUGAGA